AUGAGCAGCGAAAAGGUGCUAUUUCGGCAUGAGGAGCCACACGGUCAGGGCGAUGUGUACUUCUUGUGGCAAACGGGCGCCUCGGGCCAGCUUCUGGCCAGCACGGGUAGUGAUGGAACGGUUGCGAUCUACAACCGGCAAGGCCAACUACAAGAACGAAUCGUUCUGCAAGGGCUAUGCGCUGGUUUUGCCUGGGACCGAGACGGUGAUGUGCUAGCGAUGAUUACCGCUAACUCGCCUCAGCUCAUAAUUUGGGAUUCAAACGCUCAGCGUAAGCAAACUAUCGACAUUGGACUGCGCGACCUGCCGAGUUGCAUUAUCUGGUCGAAGAAGAUCGCUUUGCUCGCAGUCGGCACCUCGCGGGGUAAUCUGUCGAUUUACAAUCAUAUUACCACCAAGCGAAUUCCGAUUCUCGGCAAGCACACGAAGCGCAUCACCUGCGGCGCUUGGUCCACCGAAAACGUCUUAGCGCUCGGUAGCGACGACAAGUACCUGACGCUCAGCAACGAGGAGGGCGAUACUUUGCGCUCGGUGCAGCUGCGCGAUUGUCCCAGCGACAUGCACUUUGCCGAGAUGAAAACGGACGAGCGAGUACCGGGCGAGAACACGAUAAGCAUGAUACUCGGCCGCAGGACACUGUUCUUGUAUCAUUUGCCGGAACCGGACUCACCGACCGAGCUGGGCUUCCAGUUGCGCUACGGUUCGCUGUUGCAGCACAAGUGGUUCGCCGAUGGGUACAUUUUGCUUGGCUUCAGUCAGGGCCACGUUGUGGCCAUUUCAACACACCCGCGAGAAGUUGGACAGGAGCUGUGGCAGGUGAAAAAUCAUCGCGAUUCACUGAACAGUAUAGCGGUGUGCAAGGAGCUGGAACUGAUCGCUUCCUGUGGAGAUAACAAUGUGAAAGUACAUUCCAUGAGCAAUCUACAGGAAACGGUGAAAAUCCUUACUCUGCCCGAUCAACCCGCCUUGAAGCACGUUGAAUGGAGCGCCGACGGCCAGCUGCUCGGCGUUACCACCUCCCAGGGCGCAAUUUGCGUGUUUGUCACCAAACUACACUCACUGUUUGCGAUCGCCCCGCCGAGAAUCGCGCUGCUGUCGAGUUUGGCGGAGAUCGCCAUCCACCAUUAUGCUCCCGAUCGGACCAAAGCUCCUCCGGUGCUAGUGACGCUUGAGAUUGAGCCGUCAUUCCUUGCGAUUGGCCCAUACCAUAUGGCGUGCGGGAUGAACAAUCACGCUUGGUUCUACGAUUUGGGACGCUCGAUCGGUGAUAACCCAUUGCUGCUCGGCGAUCGGGAGUACAUGUCGGAAAUCAAACAGGUGGCGUUAUGCUCCGAGUAUUGCGCUGUGCUCUGUGGUGGACAAAUUAUGCUGCAUCCGGUUGAGGCUACGAACGAAUUGACGCAAAACAGAGAACCCAAAAUAUUCCCCGACGAAGUGCGCGGAAUGGCAGAGUCCGUUAUUACGUGUCUCGGGUUGACGAACGAAUUCCUGUGCUUCGCGACCGAUCUUGGCAGUGUAGUUUACUUCUCGCUGGAAAGCUGGUCAACGGUGGUUCAGUUUCGACAUCCGGUCGGAGUGCGAGCCAUCUAUCCGGAUGUGGACGGAACGCGCCUUAUUUUUAUCGAUGAUCACAGCCACGGUUAUCUGUUCGUUCCGGCUAGCGAAGAAACGCUGCGCAUACCGGAAUUUCCGAAACACUGCAACGGUGUGCUGUGGGACUGUUCUCAGUCUCACAUUUUCGUAGCAUUCGAUCACAACUCCUGCACGACCUAUACCUUUGUGCGCGUUUCUGUGCGUGGUAAGUUUGUCGAAUGCGUCGGAACGACUAGCUUGAUCAGCGACCAAAGACCUCUGCUGCUGUACGACGGAGACCUGUGUUUGCAUGGUAGCGCCGGAAAGCUCACGUCCAUCCUGCUCGAUACGCACGCCAACAAACCUGGGCGUGAUGUAAAGGAACAGUUGCGCACGGCAAAGAUGCUGCGCAAAUACGCGGACGCCUGGGAAUUAUGCAAGCUGCUGAACGACGACGAUGAGUGGAAGCAACUUGGGAUGAUGGCAAUUGCUGAUCUGAACGUAUCCUUCGCUACCAGAGUGUUUAGAAACAUCGGUGACGUGGCGAUGGUUUACGCGCUCGAGGACAUUUGCCAGAUCGAGGAUCUCAACACUUUAGCUGGAUUUUGUGCCGUGCUACUGGAUCAAAUUGACGAAGCGAAGGCUCUGUUCGCCAAAAGUGGCAACCCAUCGGAAGCACUCGAGCUGUGCCGCGAUCUGCUGCAAUGGGAGCAAGCAAUGGCACUUGCUACCACACUCGCACCGGACCAACUUCCCUUUUUGGCCCGUGAAUACGGGGCGCAACUAGAGUUCACCGGAAGCCAUGCCGAGGCAUUGAUGAAUUUUGAGCGAGGAUUAAAAAAUGGUGACCCCUUGGUUGAUGGUUCGCUGAACGCUAAACCGACCAGUGCGAAGCAAUCUUCGCAACAGCAACAGCACCAGCAGCAUCUGAAGCUCUGUAAGGCGGGUAUAGCGAGAACGAGCAUAAAGUGUGAUGACGUUCGCCGUGGACUUCAGUUGGCGUUCGAGUUGAACGACAAGCAGUUGUACAACGAGUGUGGCGAAGCGAUGCUGACCGGUGGCCAUCUGGGCGAGGCGGCCACGAUGCUGGAGAAGGGCGAAAAUUGGGACAAAGCGGCCGAGCUGUUUAUUCAACUGAAGCAGUGGAAGCAGGUGGAAAACAUUCUCCCAAAGGUUACCAGUUUGAAGCUACAUGCGACGUACGCUCGGGCGAAGGAAGUGGAAGGUCACUAUGCCGAGGCGAUCAGUAGCUACCAGCUGGCCGGAGAUCUUGACAGUGUUGUGCGUAUCUACCUCGAUCAUCUAUCCGAUCCGCACGCAGCGUCGGAGAUUUUGCUCGAAACACGGUCAAUCGAAGGGUCGAAGCUGCUGGCCAAAUACUUUGAGCAACACGGCGACUACGAGUCCGCCAUUCAGUUUCUCGCGCUGUGCGGAUGUAUCACGGAAGCGUUUACGAUAGCGCAGAAGCAGAACAAGAUACGCUACUACGGGGAGGUGCUAGAGCAGAGCUCGUGUGCUAAGGCGCCCGAUUUUCUGCUGCUGGCCGGAUACUUUGAGGGAGAAAAAUACACACUGUUGGCGGGCAAGUACUACUUUCUCGGCAAGGAAUUCUCGCGAGCCCUCAAGUUGCUCCUCAAGGCGGCCUCCGUGGGAAGCGAAGAAAACGCAGCACUGUCACUGGCGAUUGACUGUGUCGCGUCAGCCGGUGAUGAAAAGCUGUCCAAUCAGCUGAUCGAGUUUCUGCUCGGCGAGUCGGACGGUGUGCCUAAGGACCCAAAGUUGCUGUUCCGCCUGUACAUGGCUAAGCGGCAGUUUAAGGAGGCAGCAAAGGCGGCAAUGAUCAUCGCUAAUCAGGAACAGAUCGCCGGCAACUAUCGCAGCGCGCACGAUCUGCUGUUCUCGAUGUACCAGGAGCUAAGGCGCAACAAUCUGGCCAUCAGCACGGACAUGAGGAACACUCUUUCGCUGCUGCAUCGCUACACGCUCGUCCGAAUUCACGUGAAACGAGGCAACCACCUCUUGGCGGCCAAACUGCUGCUUCAGGUGGCGAAAAGCAUUUCACAAUUUCCCUCACAUGUUGUUCCGAUUCUCACCUCCACCGUCAUCGAGUGCCACCGGACGGGACUGCGGAAGUCGGCGUUCGAGUACGCGGUGAUGCUGAUGCGAUCCGAGUUUCGUGGUCAAAUUGAUAGUAAGUACGCGAAGAAGAUUGAGUCAAUCGUACGGAAAGCACCUCGGGGUCAGCAGGAUGAAGAAGGUGGCCAAGAAUCGAGCCCGUGUCCCGUGUGCGAAGCUUCGCUGCCCAACAUGCAUACCGCCUGCGGACAGUGUAAAACGACGUUGCCGAUAUGCAUUGCUACGGGUCAGCAUGUUGUCCGUGACGAUGUAGCCGCCUGUCCGGAGUGCGAUUUUCCUGCCCUUAAAGCGGAGUUUAUGAAGAUUCUGGAAACGACCAGCAACCAAUGUGCGAUGUGUGGCGAAGAGAUAGACGCUGGCCGGUUGGUUGAUAUCGAUGACAUUCAACCGUACAUUAACACUGGAACCUAA